AUGACGGUUUACCAUGAGCAAUUUGCCCUUGUGCCCCCUCAGUACCCACGACGGGCGGUCCAGGAGGCGGAAAACCAUCGUGCAUUGGCUGCACUUUAUGAACUCGUGGAGAACGCCAUUGCCACGGCGGAAAAUUACGUGGCGUACACGGAGGGACGGUUGGUGCCACUCUCCUCACGCGGUUCCGAGCUCCUGGCAGCCUCAAAGGAGCUGAGGGAGCGGUACAGGCAUGAAGCCCCAUGUGGUUGGACGGAGCAGAAAGUCAUGCAGCACUGUGAACAGGAAGUGACCGUGGAGGAAAUGGCGGAACUUCUCUUGCGUCCGCCACUUGACGUUGCGGGAAUUCGGAGCAUCUUACGGACUCUGCAAGAAACCCGGACACAACUUCCACGGGGUCGAUUUCUACUGAUGCGAGACAACCUUUCCGCGCUGAAGCCGCAUCAACCACCCGAUUUGGCGCGUGAUCUUUCUGACGUUUGUGGGGCUCUGUAUGAAAUUCAGUAUGUCGACCUUAUGGCGGAAUUGCGUGCGGAACUCUCGGAACUUGACGGUGAACGCGACAAGGUGCAGGAAAAGUUGAAGGAUGCCAUUCAUUUAUAUGAACGCGCUGUUGCUAAAGGGGAUGUGGUGGAGGUGGAACGGGCUCACCGACAAUUAAUUGCCGCGCGCUACGAAUUUGUGAACGCGUGUGCGAAGCUUAUGCAUCAGAUUCUCGGGGAAGAUAUGGCCUCUCAAGAGAGCGGUUUUGCGGCUGAGAUGGAAGCCCUGCGUCGCGAUGCGGCGGACAGCAUUUCGCGGUUUGCGGAAGCCCUUCAUGAACGACGCCAGGCCUUUCGUAACGACCUUCAUAACUGUGAUAAAAAGCGCCUUGAAGAGGACGGCAACCACCAGAAGUGUUUGGAGGUCUACAACGCGGAGGAGCGGGAAACAGCCGCACAAAUUGGCCAGAUUGUUGAGCAGAAAAAGAAAUUGGUGGAAGAGUUGCGUCAAAAGGCACGUGAGCUACGAGAUAUUACUUUGAAGCAGAAGGAAAUGGUUGAGGCGCAGGUGCGGGCGAAACGGGCAGAGGAGGAGCGUGUGACGGCAUACAAUGAGUUUGUUAACAUGGAAGAGCAGCAGAAGCAUCGCCUCCUCCGCUGCCUCGCCUACUUUGACGGGAUGGAAGAACUCACAGCAGAUCUGCGGUCGUACGUCGAUGAAAUGGUCACCCGCAUCCCGCAACAAAAUCUUCGCCAGGUUCUCGAUCAACUCAAUGACAUUGAGGCAGAGGCCUUCAUGAACGCGUACGGCGGUUUUGUCUCGUGCUGCGGCGAGCUGACGGUAAAGAAGAUGCACCGCCUUGACACACUGGAGCGACAGGCCCGCCUCCUGGAGCACAACCGCGACUCCGCCAUGGAGAGUCUUGACCCCAAUAUGAGCAACUACCGUCUGGAGUUGGAUGAUAUCAUUGAACAGAUGAAGGGUGUUUCUGGCGUGAUUAACGCCCUCAACGCAACGCAGGACGCUGGCGAGCAGUUGUUUCAAAGCGUUGAAAAGGGUGUGCUGGCAAAGUACGAGCGCAGUGGUACUCCCUUUGUGCACCCACUGCAGGAGUAUGGCAUCAAGUCGGUGGAAGAACGCAACCGAUUUGUCGAUCGUUCCAUGCAUUACGUUGAGAAUGAGGAGCGCAAAGUUUUGGAGAAGAGGAAUGUGCUGAACCGUAUGCGUCAAGCCGUCGAGGAAGACGAGGCUGCCACCGAAUCUGCGAUACGCAACCUCCCCGCAGCGCCGGAGUAUUGA